AUGGAAAAAAAGGAAAAGAACAAUUUCACAAAUUUCUUGGAUGAAAAUGAAAAGAAUAACUAUGUGAAAUGUGAAAUGAUAAAAAGUAUGAACAAAGAAGGAAAAGAAAUACUUAUAAAAAUGUUAAAAAUAAAAGAAAAUAUAAUAUAUGAUAAUAUAUUAAAUAUAAAUAUAUCAAUUAAAAAUAUCUGGAUAUACAUGGAUUUACAAUGUACAUUCUCUUUAAAUGAUUUAAUAUUAGUUUCGCGAACUUUUAAAAAUACAGAAAUAAUAUAUGAUGAUAUUAGUUUUGAAGAUAAUGAAAAAAAAGAAAAAACAAAUGAAUCCAUAUUUGAUGAAGAAAAAAAACCAAAAAAUAUUUUUCUAUAUUUUCAAAAUUAUAAAAUUAGAAAAAAUGUAGUUAAAAUUUUUUUUCCAAAAAGUCACACAGUUUGUUUUAUUCACAAAAAUGGAUCAAUACAUAUUCAUGGCUCAUUGGUAUUAAAAAAACUUUUACUAUUAUUAAUAAAAGUUGUUAAAAAAAUAAAAUAUAAAACGUUUUGGAAAUAUACUAAAUCAUUAAAUAUGAUAGAAGAUACUAAAACACAAAGUACAUCUACUUCUGUCUCUUUUAUUAAUAAUAAUUCAAAUCAACAAAUUGAAGCAAUAGAUCCAGAACAUUCUUCAUCAUAUUUAAAUAAAAUAGACAUGUUACCAAAUGGUUCGAAAAAAUCGAAUGAAAUUAUAGAUAAUUGUGAAAAUGUUAUCAAAGAAAUAAAAAAUAAGAUAGAUAAAUUAAAACCUUUGAAAAAUUGUAAUACUACUUUUGAUGAGCUAAAUAAUAAAAUUGAAAAAAAAAUCGACCAAAACUACAUGAACAGUCAUAAAAAUUCUGAAAAAAGUGACUUUUUAUGUUUUGAAGAAAAGGAAGAAAAUGUUUUGUUGGUGAAUAAUGAUAAUGUCAAACAAAAUAAAGAAGAAAAUUUAAAUUUUUUGAAAAAAAAUAUCGAAAUAAAUAUAAAAAAAGAAAUAAGAAAUAAUUUAAAUUUUGAAAAUAUUCCUAUAAAUAAUCAAUGGAAUAUUAAUAAAAUUAGUAAAAAAAUUAUGUACAAAUUUAAUAUACAUAAUAAAUGGACAUAUACAAUUCGUGAUGAUGUAAUUUUUGAUAUGACCAAAUUUAAUAUUAAACAAUUAGUAUGUGUUUUUAAAAUUAAAUUAAAACAUUUUGAUAUAACACGAAUUUACAAUUAUAUUGAAUUUAAAAAUAUAUUAACUGAUAUUAAUAAUAUUAUAUAUAUAAAAAUUGAUCAAAAAUUUUUAAAUAAAUUAAUUUCACAAACAAAUUUAGAAAAUUUUGUUAAAAAUAAUUUUAUACAAAACUAUCAUAUAAAUAAUAAAAAUUCAGUUAGAACUGUUUUGUUAUUUAGUUCUGGAAAAGUUGUCAUUUAUUCUUGUAAGGCUAUUCAUGAAGUUUUGUCUAUUUCAAGAUUUGUUGUAAAUACCUUAAAACGAAAUAAUAACAUCAUCUUAGAAUAG